AGCGCUGGCAAUCGUCUCCCGUGGCAACGACUGCACCACGUGACCCUGCCCGAGGUUACAUAUAGAAGGCGCCGCGGUGCGGGGAGCCUCUUUUCUUCCACAGUGCGUUGUGGUUGUGUGUAGUGUGAUACCGGACCUGGGUUGACGCGGAAAAUAGCAGCAAAAUGCCCGAAACAUCGUACCACAUGAACGGCUACGCCAACGGCCACGUGCCGCCGGAGCUACAGCAGGGAACCAGCUUCCUUUUCACCUCAGAAUCGGUCGGGGAGGGCCAUCCAGACAAAAUGUGCGAUCAAAUCAGCGAUGCCAUCUUGGAUGCUCAUCUGAAACAAGACCCGAAUGCUAUGGUUGCUUGUGAAACCGUAACAAAGACUGGCAUGAUUUUACUGUGUGGAGAAAUUACCUCAAAGGCAGUCGUGGACUACCAGAAAAUCGUCAGGGACACAGUAAAGCACAUUGGUUACGACGAUUCAUCUAAGGGGUUUGAUUGGCGUACCUUGAAUCUUUUGGUGGCUAUCGAACAACAAUCGCCGAAUAUUGCUGGUGGUGUCCAUCUGAACCGUGAAGAGCUGGAGGUGGGCGCAGGCGACCAGGGCUUGAUGUUCGGUUACGCCACCGAUGAAACAGAGGAAUGUAUGCCACUUACAGUCGUGCUUGCGCAUAGGCUCAACCAGAAAAUUGCAGAACUCAGACGCAGCGAAGAACUGUGGUGGGCUCGCCCAGAUUCGAAGACACAGGUGACCUGUGAAUACAUAAUGGAUCACGGAGCCUGUGUGCCUAGUCGAGUGCACACAGUAGUCGUAUCUCUACAGCACAGUGAAAAAAUUAGCCUGGACGAACUACGAAAGGCAGUGAUGGAAAAAGUUAUCAAAAAUGUUAUCCCUGCUAAAUACCUUGACGAAAGAACAGUUUUCCACGUCAAUCCAUGCGGCCUUUUCAUCAUUGGUGGUCCACAAAGUGAUGCCGGUCUCACGGGCCGCAAAAUUAUUGUCGACACCUACGGUGGGUGGGGGGCACAUGGAGGCGGUGCAUUCUCUGGUAAAGACUUUACAAAAGUUGAUCGCUCCGCAGCCUAUGCUGCAAGAUGGGUUGCUAAAUCUCUCGUCAAAGCUGGUCUAUGCAGGCGCUGCUUAGUACAGGUUUCAUAUGCAAUUGGUGUUGCCGAGCCCCUUUCCAUCACGGUAUUCGACUACGGCACAUCCAAAUUAUCGCAGAGCAAACUGUUAGAUAUUGUCAACAAAAACUUCGACCUACGCCCUGGUAAAAUAGUAAAGGAGCUGAAUCUUCGCAAGCCAAUAUAUCAACAGACAAGUACAUACGGGCACUUUGGUAGAGACGGAUUCAGCUGGGAACAACCAAAGACCCUAAUUCUUGAUUGAACAGUAAUUGAUGAAAUCGAUACAGUUUCUUAACUUAAAACCAUUAAACUUAGUAGGUUACGCUAUGUCUUCUAGCCCCUGCUCAUUAUUUUCCCCUAAUUUGAUAAGUGAAAUUUAUUAAUAGGGUUUUAUCUUCCUUUUUUAUUUAUUAUUCUAAAGCCCAUGUAUUGUGUGAGCCAAGUUGCAUCGUCCCAAUCAAACAUUACACAGAAUAGAAAUCUCCAGACCCAGGUUUGAUUUAUGGUGAUGAAUACCUAAUUUUAAUGUAUGGUUAAUUGUCCGUCUGUAUUUCCAUGGGUUUUUUUCCAUAAUAUUUGACAGCAAUCUUCUGUAAUUCUUUAUCUCGAAUGAGCUAUUGAAUAUAUGUAUAUAGGUUUUUUAAUUAAAAAAUGUGCGCCUUGACAAUUAUAUGCGUUAUUCUAGUUUUGAAUGCUACUUUUAUUGAACCGGUUUUAGUAUGACUAAAAUCAGUAGUUGUUCAGUUCAGAAAACAAAAAGCAACGUAAUGUACAUGGAAACUGUAACUUGAAAAUCUUACGCAACUGAUACUAGCAACAAUAUAGGUAAAAAUUAGCCCACACGUAUAUGGUACAAAUACAAGGAAGUACAAACUAUACAUAAUACAUAGAAGACAGCAACUUGGCAAAGGUCUUGGCAUUAGAAAGAUUCAAUUACAUUUGAUUUGUAGACAUUGACGUAAAUUGUUUGCAAAUCCACGUAUUAUAAUUUCAUGGUGAGAUUAAAAUAAAUUUUCAAGCUGUGAAGGAAUAGAAAGAUCUUGAGACAAGUAAAACCCUAUAGUGUAACAAAUCAAACAGAGUACAUCUGGAAAAUAUUCGUGUCAUCACCGAAAACAAAACCGAACCUACAAGUAACAUUGAAAUGAGUAACUAUAUACAUAAGUCUGUAUAUAUUGGCAGUGAAAUGUCACAUCUCUAGCUCUUAGGUAAUACUUAAGGACAUGGUAUGACAAGGGGCACCCAAAAACAGAAUGACAUUAUUAGGUAGAACGGUAAUGAUUGCUUUAAUCGUGAUGCUACACUCAGGUGCUAGAAAAUUGACGAAACGGUGGGACAGAGACUGUCGACUACACGCGAUGUCAUCUUAAUGUCACAAUCGAUUUUUGGUAACAUAAGACGGUAACUGUAAUAAUCUAAAUUCAAAACGAAGCCACCCUAUCUUUGAUCCGUAAACGGGAUAUUUAAACUUAAAUGGCAACGAGGAACACAAAUAGUACACACGGUGACUUUUCGACUCAAAUUUAGUGUUUUUGGAUGUAAAAUCAUGAAUGCACAAAAGCAGCGUGAUUGAAUUAUCACGGGUGCAAGGUGUAUGCCUGGCUACUAUUUCUUUAAGUGUUUCUGUCUAGUGAUUCUUCGUGAUCUAAUAGUUUGUAAGUGUACAUGAAUUUAUCCCACAAUCAUGACCCAAAUAUUGUAUGUGACUUAAUGUAGAGGCUCUCAUCUCGUCCCUAAGUUAGAUACUAGAUGAAUCGUUCGUUAAUAUUUUAUUAUUGAAUGAUACAAUAAUCUCUUGAAUGGGAAUUAUGCUGGUAUUAUUCCUCGAGAAUCAGACAAAAAUUUUUAAUUCAAUUUCUUUAAUCAUACUUCCUCGUAGCUGUAGCUGCAUCGUUGUGCCGAUUUUACCACUGUAUAAUUAAGGGCGGCCUCAGAAGUCACUAUUCUGUGUAAACACGAAUCUGAAGUGAAGUGUAUCAAUUCAGCAUUUUUUUGCACAGUGACACCCGUCAAAAGGUCCCCAUACAAAUGAUAGUUAUUCAGGCACCAAAAUUGUACGACAAAGCUGGAAACGUUACUCGCAAAAGAAAGAAGAGUUUAUCAUUGUCAGGCACUGUGGAACCAAUUAUAGGCAAAAUGCUGCGAACACUUUUUGUCACGAUAUCUGAUUUUUUGUAAGAAUGACUAAAUUCGUCAUCCGAAUGCAGAAAAUGCAUAAUAAAAAAUAAUUUUUUAAUGAACAAAUUUCUUUUCAUUCCUUUUAAAGAAUAGCUAUUCAAGUUGCAUUAAUAAAACAAUAAAAUUUUUUAAAAAAUUAACAAUUCCAUCACACUUACUCCCAUAUUACUAACCAAUUUUAAUAAUAACAUUUUAUCAUUUCUUGUACUCACGAAGAAAUCAAACACAUGAUGCUGUUGCCUGAAUACCUUUUUUUUUAUCGAUAGUGUAUGGUCCAUGGGCCUGUGUUGUAUACUGUAGGACUAGCGGUUGAAUUCUACUGUGUAAAAAUUAUUCUUUCCUCAUCUAUUUCUCAUGUUUAACCACAUACUCGGAGUUUUGAAUUAAAUAGUGAGUAAAAAUUUUAAGGGUGCGACGAAGAAGUAGAUUGACAUUGUCUUCGUCCGGCUUCCUUUGACUUUUGAAUAUAGAUUACAAUUGAGUAAGCCAAUCGAAGCAACAAUUCUAUCUUCCAGUAACAUAUGAAACGUACUUAACAUGUAAUUUCACAUUUGACGAGAAUGCAAGACACGAGCUGUAUUGCUGCGGGGCAGUAUCACGAGUAACAAAUUAGGUUUGUGUUUGUGGUUAAAUGAAAAAGAGCUUACGAUCCGCGUUUAUCACGUUUAUGGCAGUUAGAUCACCUUAAGUUUGUUCUGCGUGCCUAGUACAACUUGCCGAUGAAACAUUCAAUGGCUCUUGACGUCAUUUAUCCUCUACACAACUAUAUUAGUGAUCAAUCAAAGUGAUUUAAAGUUAUUCAUCGGAAUAACUAAUGGAACCGUUUAGUAUAAGUAAAAAUAAUUGAUUUGUGGGCCUUACAAGUUGAGUUAUUGUUGUCUCUUUGUUACAAUAGAUAACUUCCUUAUUUAGUAAAAAUUGAUUGUUGUGUCAUUUCUAAACUAUUCCUAAGAAGAAUUAUUCGGCACAAUGUAUUGUACAAAAGCAUAAUUGAGA